GUGUGUGCUGCCUUUUAAGACUGAUUCUUUCGAAAAUUUUCUUAAUCAGCUGUGACAAUGGAUACUGGAGCUGUUUCUAAAGUUUACUCUAGAAAGUAAUAUCUCUUACUCAAAUGCAUUAAAGCUGCUUUAAGACCAGUGCUUCCUCUGAUUGAUCAUUCCUCUUUUUACUCACCAUCAUGCUAUCAUGGGAGAAGGUGUGAGAUCAACCCUCUAAAACUGGAAAACAUUUGACAUGUUUUAAACAUUUAUCUCUUUGGGGUUAUGCUAUUUUUAAUUUCAAAUUUGCUUGUAUUUAGGGGAGGAAAAGGACAUUGUCAAUAGUGCAACUCAAUGUCUGUCACUUCUGUUGCUCUAAGAAACCCAAUCCCAUCUAUAUUUAGAACAAUCGACUCUAGAAAAAAGAAAGAUACGGGCUUUUUCAUCAAUGUUUGAUCUGAUAGAUGUGUCCAAAUGCUGGUCAGCUUUCCACUGAAUGUUACCAUGGGCAACAGUUUUAAGAACUUUACAUGAAUAAAAGAGAACAGGAAAAAGAAACACUGUAUGAUCACUUAUUGCUGUGAUCAUGUCCAUUUUAUUCAUGGGGCUGCUUGAAUUUAGAUUUUAACAUUUUCUUGAGUUAUUUCUCUGAGCCCUUUUCUAUUCUCUCUGGAAUACUCAAAUGCAUAACUAAUUAGCUUCUCUCUCAUUCCUUGUUAUUUCAUUUCAGUCUUAAUCCACUGCUGCCAGAGUGGAUUUGCCAAAAUAAUGCUCUGAUAUAUAUAGGCUUUGUGUCCCCACCUAAAUAUCAUUUUGAAUUACAAUCCCCAUAAUCGCCACAUGUCAAGGAAGAGACAGGUGGAGGUAUUUGGAUCAUGGGGGCGGUUCCCCUGUGACGUUCUCAGGAUAGUGAGUUUGCACGAGAUCUGACGGUUAUAGGGGCUCUUCCCCCUUCGCUAGGCACUUCUCCCUCCUGCCACCUUGUGAAGGUGUCUUGCUUCCUCUUCACCUUCCACCAUGAUUGGAAGUUUCCUGAGGCCUCCCCAGCCAUGCUGAACUACAGCGUGGAAGAUGAACUGGAGAUGGCCACCGUCAGGCAUCGGCCAGAGGCCCUUGAGCUUCUGGAAGCCCAGAGCAAAUUUACCAAGAAAGAGCUUCAGAUCCUUUACAGAGGAUUUAAGAAUGAAUGCCCCAGUGGUGUUGUUAAUGAAGAAACCUUCAAAGAGAUUUACUCGCAGUUCUUUCCACAGGGAGACUCUACAACAUAUGCACAUUUUCUGUUCAAUGCAUUUGAUACGGACCACAAUGGAGCUGUGAGCUUUGAGGAUUUCAUCAAAGGUCUUUCCAUUUUGCUUCGGGGGACAGUACAAGAAAAACUCAACUGGGCAUUUAAUCUGUAUGACAUAAACAAAGAUGGCUACAUCACUAAAGAGGAAAUGCUUGACAUAAUGAAAGCAAUAUAUGACAUGAUGGGUAAAUGUACAUAUCCUGUCCUCAAAGAAGAUGCUCCCAGACAACAUGUGGAAACAUUUUUUCAGAAAAUGGACAAAAAUAAAGAUGGGGUCGUCACCAUAGAUGAGUUCAUUGAAAGCUGCCAAAAAGAUGAAAACAUAAUGCGCUCCAUGCAGCUCUUUGAAAAUGUGAUUUAACUUGUCAAAUAGAUCCUCAAUCCAACAGACAAAUGUGAACGAUUCUACCACACUUAAAGUUGGAGCUACCACUUUUAGCAUAGAUUGCUCAGCUUGACACUGAAGCCUAUUAUGCAAACAAGCUUUGUUUUAAUAUAAAGCAAUCCCCAGAAGAUUUGAGUUUCUCAGUUAUAAAUCUGCAUCCUUUACAUAAUGCCACUGAGUUCAUGAGAUGUUUAACUCAUUUCAUACCCUGUGAAUAUUCAAAAGUAACAAUCUGGCAUAUAGUUUUAUUGAUUCCUUAGCCAUGGGAUUAUUGAGGCUUUCACAUAUCAGUGGUUUUAAAAUACCAGUGUUUUUUGCUACUCAUUUGUAUGUAUUCACUCUUAGGAUUUUGAAUGGUUUUCUAAUAUACUGACAUCUGCAUUUAAUUUCCAGAAAUUAAUUUUCAUGUUUGAAUGCUGUAAUUCCAUUUAUAUACAUACUUUAAGUAAACAAGAUUAUGACAAUUAAAAACACACAUAGUUCCAGUUUCGAUGGCCUUCCCACCUUCUGUUAGAAAUUAAUUUAUCUGGCAUUUUAAAACAACAUUUAACAGUUUAUUAUCAGAUAUCAGCAUAUGCCUAAUAAAACUUAUUUUAAUAAGCAAUUAAUUUUGCAUAAUAUAUUACAGCCAAGGCCUAUAUAAUUUUGGAUUUGUUCAAUCUUACAGGCUGUUUUUUAUUGUAUCAAGUGGAAGUUCAAGAAGGCAUCAAACAAAAUAAGGAUGUUUACAGACAUAUGCAAAGAGUCAGGAUCUCCAUCCGCCAGUAUACAGUAAUGCUUAGUAACAAGUACUCCUAACAGCAUUAAAGGCCAAAUCUGUCCUCUUUCCCUGACUUCCUCACAGCAUGUUUAUACUACAAGCCAUUCAGGGACAAAGAAACCUUGACUACCCAUUGUCUACUAGGAACCAGCAGUAAGCAAAAUUCACUUUGAAAGCACCGGUGAUUCCAUUACAUUGAGAAUUACUACCAAGAUUUAGUAGAAAAUAAAUAAGUGCUCAACCACUAAUCCAGAUUACAGUCUGAUUUAGCUCAUUAUAAAAUUCCAACAAUUCAGAUUAUUUUUAAUGAUCUUAGCCAAAACUAUAAAGUUGUCACAUUACUAAAGACACACACAUCUUCCCUGUUUUGUAGAAAUAUCACGGAGACCAAAAGGCUACAGAAGGAGGAAAUUUGCCACUGUCUUUGCAACAAUAAAUCAGGUAUCUAUUCUGGUGUAGAGAUAGGAUGUUGAAAGCUGCCCUGCUAUCACCAGUGUAGAAAUUAAGAGUAGUACAAUACAUGUACACUGAAAUUUGCCAUCGCGUGUUCGUGUAAACUCAAUGUGCACAUUUUGUAUUUCAAAAAGAAAAAAUAAAAGCAAAAUAAAAUGUUUAUAACUCUA